AUGGGGCAGUCUGCAGCCGUGCUGGUAUCUCUGCCUGUCCUCCUCCUGCUGCCCCCCAGGCAGGGUGCCGAGCCCAAGCUGCAGUGUGAAGCCGCCCAAUGUCGCUUUGUCCCAGAGGCCUGCCCCCCCCGGGAGUGCUGCUUCAGGGCCCUGCCCUACGCAGAGGACUCAGGGUCCCCGUGGGAUUUAACGCCCGGCCCCCGAAACCUGAGCUGCUACCGGCUCCCUGAUGGCCACUAUGAGUGCUCCUGGGGGUAUGAGGGGCCACGGGAAGGGGUCAGCCACUUUCUGCACUGCUGCUUUGGGCCCCAGCGCUGCUGCUACUUCGCAGUGGGUGCAGCCACCAGCUUCCAGUUCUCCGACCAGGACGAGGUCCCCGUGCGUCGCACUGUGUCCUUCUGGGUGGAAUCCCGGGGGGCAGGGGGCUUGCAGCGUUCCCCUCCGUUGAACGUGACCCUCAACAGAAUGGUUAAGUACGACCCUCCCCCUGGGAACAUCAAAGUGUCCAGGCGGCAUGGACAGCUGCUGAUGGAGUGGGAGGCACCUGAGGACCAGGGCGACGCUCAGGUGCAGUUUCGGCAGAGGCUAGCAGGAGGCUCCUGGGUGCUGGGCGACUGUGCACAGCAGGGAGGUGGCCACCAGGACACGAUGCAUGAGUCCUGCCUCUGGCCCCUGGAAGCAGGAGUCGUGCGCGAGUUCCAGUUCCGGAGACGAUGGGGCCGGGGGGACCCCAGGGUGCCCUGGAGCAGCUGGAGUAGCUCUGUGUGCAGCCCCCUCGAGCCCCCUGCACUGCCGCAGCUGAACAUCUCGCUGGGGCCGCUGGGCCCAGAUGGGAGGAGGCAGCUGAUACUGGAUGGACAGCUGCCCCAGCCUGCGCUUCCGGAUGGCUGCCGGGGGGAGGGGACCUACCACGUCCAUCUGCAAAUGCUGUCCUGCACGUGCAAGCCCAAGGCCACAGCGAUUCAGGCUCUCCAUCUCGGGAGGAGCUUCGACAUCUCGGGCGCCGCCUAUAGCCUGACCGUCGCCCCAGAGGAUGGCAGCAGCCCCAACCAGUCCUGGCACAUUCCUGCCCAGGCACACACAGGAGCAGCAGGGACCGCCCAGGGCAGCCCAGGCUGGCCAGACCGUACUCCGGGCACUACCUACUGCAUCGAGUGGGAGCCCCAGAGCCCGGAGGGGCGCAACACCUCCUGUACCCUCAUGACACCCCAGGCCGCGAACCACAGCUGGACCCCAAUGGCUGGAGAUGACGGCUGCAUCACCAUCCUGGCCUCUGCGCGCCCAGAGAAUCUGGCCACGUGGUCGACCGUCCUGUCCACCUUCCACUUUGGGGGCAACGCCUCUGGGGCCGGGAGCCCACAGCUCGUGCUGGUCAGGAACGUCACCUCGCGCUCGGCCAGCGUGUCCUGGACUCCGCCCGCGCUGGGCGCCUGCUCAGGGCUCCUGCGAGGCUACGCGGUGCGUUACCAGGACGAGGCAAGGGACUCUGGCGCGGCAGAGCAUUCCGUGGGCCCUGCCCAGACCCACGCCCAUCUCCGUGGUCUGCGGCCCGGCCGGCCCUAUGCUGUACAGGUGCGCGCCCAGCUGACACAGGGGCCGGGCACCUGGAGCCCGUCCAUCUGCUUCCACACAGAUGAUGAGCGGUCAGCACUGUCCACCUUCCUGCCAUCCGCGGGGAGCUUUGCGAUCGUUUUCCUCCUGGGCGUCCUGGGCUACCUAGGCCUGAGCAGGGCUGCCCGUUGUCUGUGCCCGCCCCUGCCUGUACCCUGUGCCAGUUCUGCUGUCCAGUUCCCUGAUGGCCAGUGGAAGCAGGCCUGGUUUUGGGUCAGUCCUGCAGACUUCCUGGAGGAGGCAUCCCUACAAGAGGCCUUGGCAGUGAACACAUCCUGGGAGGAAGACGAGGAGGCCAGCCUGGACAUCCCCGGGCAUCUCCACCAGAAGCUGGAGCCCUCGCAGGGUGCCCCCGAGCCCUCCAGGGACGUGGAGCUACUGGCUGAAGAUGGGGGCCCGGAGCCUGGACCGUACCGCCAUUCCCCGCAGCGCCGCCAGGCGGCGCUGCAGCUCACAGGCCUGGCUCUUUGCACCCCGCCACGCCCCCACCCACCGGAUUCGCAGAACAGACUUUUCUGGUUUUAA